UGCUUGCUUCUCCCCUCUCAGGUGCGGGCGGAGGCGGUGAGCGGGUGAAGCCCCCGCCCGGCGGCCUCCUCCAUGGUGGGCUUCGGGGCCAACCGGAGGGGCGGCCGUCUGCCUUCCCUUGUCUUCGUGGCGCUGCUGGUGGUGAUCGCCAUCCUCGCCUUCAACUGCUGGAACGCUUCGUCCCGCCAGGCCCUGCUGCAGGAGGAGGUGGCGGAGUUGCAGAGCCAGGCCAAGCGCACCGAGGUGGCCCGGGGCCGGCUGGAGAAGAGGAACUCGGACCUGAUGGGCAAGGUCGACUCGCACAAGAAGCAGCUGGAGCAGAAGGAGGCCGACAACAGCCACCUCAGCAGCCAGCUUCAGGCUAGGGACGGCCAGGUGAAGAAGUGCGAGGACAGCAAGAUUAAGCUGCAGAACAACAUAUCCUAUCAAAUGGCAGACAUACAUCGUUUAAAGGAACAACUAGCAGAAUUACGUCAGGAAUUCAUUCGCCAGGAAGAUCAGCUUCACGAGUACAAGAAGAACAAUACUUAUCUGACCAGGAGAUUGGAAUAUGACAGUCUGCAGUGUAGUCAGCAGAUCAAGGAAAUGAAACUGCAACAUGAAGAAAACAUAAAGAAACUACUGGACCAAGUUGCGCGGGAACAAAAGGCCACACAAAAAAGUCAGUCCAGCAAAGACACUGAAGUAAGCCCCAGUAAUGAUGACCAGGCAAUAUCUAGGACUGUUCCAGAGGCAGAAGAUAAAAACGCAGUCAAGAAUGAGCAGCCUUCAGAUCAUGUUGUAAAUGGCAAAGAGAAAAUCAAACCAGGAGGAGAUGCAGGCAUGCCUGAAAUAGAAGAUAAUGACCCUGCUAAAGCUGAAGAUACUCCCACUGCUUUAAAGAAGCCCCUUAUUUCAGCUCCUAAAAGUGAAGGUCAUCAGCCUGUUGUAAAUCUUCCUACUGAACAGCCCCAUGCUCCAAAUCUGGCACCAGGUUUGCACAGUGACGAUGAUGGAAAUGCUGAUGUGGCAAAGCAGAUACCUCCAAAUUCUCUCCAACACCUAAAUUUUGAAGAAAAUAUGGAAAAUCAGAAAGAGCACAAAAUUGAGACAGACAAUAUAAAAAUUCCAAAGAGCAGAGUUAGUGACUUGCAGAAGAUGAAGCAAAGCCGAUUCUUUGAUGAGAAUGAGUCCCCUGUUGAUCCGCAGCAGGGUUCUAAACUGGCAGAUUAUAAUGGGGAUGAUGGUAACGUGGGUGAGUAUGAGGCAGACAAACAGGCUGAGCUGGCUUACAAUGAGGAAGAGGAUGGUGAUGGUGGAGAAGAAGACGUCCAAGAUGAUGAAGAAAGAGACCUACAAAAUGACCUCGUUGAUUAUGGCAAGCCACGCUUCAGUGAUGGAGUUCUCUAAAGCGUGAGUGAGGCAGGAAUGUGGAUGAGAGGAGAUCUCCACAGAAGAAUUUGAAGUGCUGUGAAACUGAACCAUUUUUACUUUACCUUAAAGGAAGAUGAUCAUAAAAAGUGACGACUACACUCAGCCAGUGAAGUAACAGAAGGAAACAGUUCUGUACAUAUGUGCAUAGCUGUACUAUUGCAAACUGUAUUAAAACUACAUUUUUGCUGUUACAUUGAGCCAAUUGCUUAGACUGUACUUUAUCUGUAAUAAUCUUUACAUUUAAAACUGAUAUUAUAAAUACGGGCUGAAUUGUUUCUGCAAUUUAGAAAACUUUGUAAACUGGAGAACUUGUACAGUUUGUAUCUCAUGUAAGAAAUACACUGUGGAAACAAUGUACAGUCAAAGGACUCCUUUUCUACAGUAAUACCUGUAUGAGCAAAAAUACUUCUGCUUUUCUCAUGAGUGCUGUGUUUUUGUAUUUUGCAGGUGAGCUAGCAGUUGAGAAUGAAAACUGAAUGUUUAAAAAAAUUGCUCCUUCCUUAAUGUAACUGAGGAAAGGCUCUGGCAGUCUUCGGAAGCAAGUACCAUUUUAAUUCACGCAUACAAUGACCAAAUCUUGUCACUCGAGCUGGAAAUCGGUCAUAUUAGAAUUUUAAUGAGUUGAUACAUCCUGAAGAGGUUGUGUAACUAAUAGCUUAUUUUAAAAGGUAAUAUAAAUAAUUCAGCACAGCUUGUAGGAAAUCUUUAUGUGUGUGUUAAAGAGAGCAAGUGCGCUAGUGAGAAAGGGAGAAGUCUCCAUUGGCUCUGUGGGAACCGUGACAGAAGGAACAGCCCCCAACUCGGCAAACACAUCGUGUGCAGUUCCACUGUCUCGAGCAUCCAUCCUGUGCAGUCACUCCGGUUAAUUUUCAAUUUAAUACUUUGAUACAAAUCUCUGAACAUCUGCCAUGCUCCACCUUUUGAUUUUCUAUGUGGGAAGGUUUGUAAGUUAGAUACUUUUUGUAUUCUGUGUUUAAGCACUUUCUGAAUUUUAUGGAAAUUAUUCUUUUGAUUGACAGGAGUGGAAAUUAAGGUUAUUAACCAGCCUGCUUCCCCAAAAAGGGCUACUGUGAAGAGAGAUGAUAGGGCCUCUGACAUGGGUAAUUGUACUUUCUGUCUGUACUCAGGUUCCAGGUUGAAGUAACAGUUCAGGUUUGCUUGACGCCAACUCAGUGAACCUUUUAAAUAAAUUUCAAUGGUCAUUCAAUUUAUUUUUUUUUUUUUAGCCACGGGAAUCUUCUACCGAUCAGUCUUAAAUAUACAAGAAAUAAAAAUUUCAGAUUCUGGUGAUGCAUCUCAAGGUGGUUUGGUUGUGUUUUUUUUUUUUAAGCCUUGAGCUCUUCAUUCCAUACUCGCGGGAGGCAGAUGGGGGGAAUGGCCCUUGCAUGGUGUGAUGUACUUGCCAUUGGAAAUGCAAUGCUGAACCUGCUCAGAAUUAGAUAUCGUACUAAUACCACAGCGAGUAUAAAUUUGUACCAGGGUUCCAAGAAUAGCAGUCUGCGGUAAAUACUGUAUUGAAGUACUACAAUUUUUUUGUUUGUCUUAAAAUGUAUUUUCACCCUGAAUUAGGUGUUGAUUCUUCUAAUGAAAGCAACAUUUAUGGGUUCUAAUAAAUUGUUUAAAGUAUGUGAGGGUUCUGGCUUUUUUUUUUUUUCCUUUUGACUUUUAAAAAUUGGAUUAACUUAGGGCUUCAGCGAAGUCGAGGUAUUUUGACCCAUCAGCGGUUACAGCUUGUUUUUGUCACGUGCGGGGCAGCACCAGCAUGUGCUCCCUGGACAUUCCUAAGCCAAAACUCUGCUUCAGCGGCACCACCCGCGCACCCAGGAAUGCGUGUGGCAGCGCCGGCAGUGAGAUCUGAGCUGCUUUUGAGGGUGUGUAAGAACAACCUGGCAGUACUGUACCUGCUGUGGGAAAUCUUCCUUAAAUCCCUCCUUGUGUAACUCUGGUGUGGUGUAAAAGCUGCUUGGGCCAGUCCUGGCGCUUCACUCCUGCAGCUGCUGAGACCAGCAGUGGGACAAACAAGUUGCUGAGAAGGUGCCUGAGGGGAAGCUGACACCAAGGGAGCUGCCUUUUGCUCUGUGCCUGUGGAUGUGCUCCGGCACUGAGCCCAGGAGCUGCCUGCUGGUACGGAACUAGGCAGCCUGAGUAGUUAACAGCGGAGGGAACCUGGUUUUCAGCGAAGUCUGUGCUGAGGGGCAGGCACCGAUGGUCAUAGCCAGCUCAGUUUUCAGUGGAUCCUCUGACCAUACCAUGACCCAGCCUGGAGUUCCCUUUCUUUCCCAGUAACAUGAUGGUGAGAUAGAUAACCAAAUUUUAUUUUUGUUUCUUGUCUUCUAGAAUAUUAAACCGUUUCAUGUUAUUUCUUUGAAUCUGCACAGGUGUGGUGCUUUUGAAAACAACAAACCAAACCUGCCCCUUUCCCAGCUGAAGCAGAAUGUGCCGUCAGUGCUCAGGGACUGUUUCUGUUCAUUGGCCACUCUGAGCAAGACAGUAAAUGAUAUGCAGGAUUCCUUAGUGUGGUUCUGUUUGGUCUGAUUUUCCCUGUAACCUGAUUAUUUCCAUGUAUGAUACAGAGUGAUAUUAUCUGGCAUUUCUAGACAGAAUCCUUAGCUAGCUGAUGUUGGGAAAGAGAUGAAUUUUAUAAUGAUGGUCUUGCUAUAACUGUGCAUAAUCAAUUUCUUAUUAUGUAUAAUGUUUUGUUGUUUUCGUGUAUGCUACAGGCUGUCUAAUUCUUCCUAUUUAAAACAGUCUAUGUGAAGUUUCUUUAGCUCUAACGAUAGUUAAAAUUCAAAUGCUGCUCCUCUUGCUAAACCACCACCCCUGAAUUGCCACAGUGGUCACCUCAGGUGGGCCACGAGUUGGUCUGGAAGGGGCAACUGAGGGCUUGUGGCACCCACUGGUGCCGAGUUCCAGCUGGGCUUGGGCCUUUUGGGACGGCACCAGCUGGAGCUGGUGUGUGACCAAAAGGUGACCCAGUGCUCCACUCCUCCUUUACCAGGGAACAGCCCCUGGUCUGCACCCGCUGUGCUUAGAGCUCAAAAUGGGUUAGGGAAGGUGAAGAAAAAAAAAUGCAUUUUGUACUGCUUGAAGAAGAUAGUAAAAUGGCAAAAUACCAGCCUGGCCUGACACUUGGCCUCAGCCAGCAUGUGUUCUUGUGUUUUUCUGUUCCUUGAGAAACUGAUACAAUUUUAUGGCUUAUUUUAUAAUCAUCCAAGGAAGAGAGAAGUACAGAGUUACGGAGAGACACAACUGUCUGUGUUGGAAGAUGAUUCCCCCUCUGGCUGGUGUCUCCUUGGCAGAACAUGUGGUGCCACUGCUGCCCACCCAGCGCUUGGUGAUGUUCUGGCAACGGGCAAAUGCAACCAGUUCCUUCUGCUGCUGGGAGAACACGAGGAGACUGAGCAGCAAACUGCACGUGUGAACUGUAGGCUUGUUCUGCCUCUGGAUUUUUGGAAAAUACUUGGCUGAGGUAUAGCCCCUAUAGAAACAGAGUUUGGUCUUGGUGGGUAUCCUUUUAAGGAAGAUAAUUUCAGUCACUAAGCACUUUACCCUUCAUUAUUUAGUGAUCCAAUGUUUAAAGAAUUUUAUUUCUAAGGGAAAUUGUUCUGUCAAACAAAUUCCACUAGUAAAAAAAAGUCUGUGUUCUUUUGGGAACGUGCCCGUGUUUUUGGAGCAAUGUUCCUUGCCUUUUUUGUUUCAUUUGUUUGUAGGUAGCUUCCUUACAGAUGUUUUUCAGAGCCAUCUCCCCUCUCACACAUGUGGCUCCUGCUGCUUCCUCUCCCCCAGCAGUCGGUCCCACACCACCUUUGCAUUUCCAUCUCUCCUCGGGCCUAUGGCUCUGUCUCCCUGCCUUCCUCCUCGUCCUCCUCCCACAGCAGCAGCUGUCUCUUGGGGACAGGAUCCGCACUCCCUGGUGCUGGGGCCUUCUCCCCCCUCUCCCUCAGCCUCCGCAGCUGCUGCUGGGAAUAGCUGCUCUGGCGUACUUGGGGUGGUUGACUCGGGGUGAAGAAAGAUCUUGAACCACUGUCCGAGCUGGAAAAUCUCUGAACCGCCAAGACAACGCACAGAGGCAUCUUGCUUCUUCCUGGAGCUCCCUGUCUUCCCCUUCCUGUUAGAUUUGUGCUGUGUACAAUAUUCUGGGGAGCAACAAGUCCCACUAGUUCAAUCCUAUUUUUUAAUGCUGUAGCAGCACUGAACGGUGGUAACUGCUUUGGCUGUAAGGCAGCUCCUCCUAAAGCAAACAUCCCCAAAGGCAAAAUAGCCCCCAAAAAUGGGGCUUGCAUCAUUUUUACGUGUUGCUAGAGAUUACAGACUCACAAGUUACUCUUUCAUGUUGUAUUUUUGUUUAAAAAAGUGUCGUUUGCUGACUAGCUGAAAUGUGUAGUUCUCACCCAAUACAUAUUUCACCUCCUUUGAGGAAGGGGGAGGCCUGAAGAAGUGAUAAAACUGCGCUUGCCUUCAAGUACAGAGAAAAGCACGUGCUGAACAAAAUGCAAUAAAUCCAUGUCUUUCUAAUAAAGGCCUCUGGAACACCAGCCCACCUAUUAAAAACAUUAAUUUAAAAUACUAAUCACCAAUCUGCCGCUUUGCAUGACUACACCUAAUGUAUUCAAAAGACAGGUUCAGUUCAGCACUGCUAUCAGUGUUUAUGACUAGAACUAAGAAUGACUAACCUAUCUUGAUUUUGUUUUUUAAAAUGUAAUUUUGAAAUCCCUAUGCCAUUUCUGCUGAGCCAAUACCUGUUUCCAUGGAAAUAGCAGCACACAAAACGCUGACAUAUUUCAGAGCGAGCGAGCUACUUAAACAUCUGCUUCCCUGAAACCACCAGCUCAACUUCAAAAUAAAACUGGCUCUCAUCUUUAGUGGAAUGGGUUUGCAAGAAAAAUCAAACAAAGCAUCUUUAUGCGAUGGCCCAGCCCAGAUUUUUAAACAAUAUAUCCUGAUAGUGGAAGCAGCUUGUUGACUUCUUAAGGCUCACAUUAUAAAUAACUUUUAAUGGACAUGGCCAUGCAUUUAAGGAGUAGUCUCUUGAAAAAAAGCAGCCAAUAGGACCAACAAACCUUUUUGUAUCUUUUCAUCUAGUUUUUGUACCCACUUUGAAGUGCUUCACAUCGACACAGUGCUCAGUGUUGGUGCUGGUAAGAAAACUGGUGAGUGUGGUAAAGACAAGUGCCGGCAGCCCACCACAGCCACCACUGGCCUGGAAAAGCCAGGGUUUAAAUCCAAACUCAGACUAGAUUUGCUUACUAGCACUUGCUUUAGCCAGCCAGGCACAUCGCCCUUCUAGAAGCCAUGUUAGCUGAAUUUUAAUACAGUCCUUUAAA